AUGUACCAAACCGAGCGCCAACUUAUUCCGAUCAAGUUCAGACACAAAGAGGAACGGGUCCCAGAGUCCCUGUUCUGCCUGUGUCUGAAGUAUGUGGCACGGAACUUGGACACGCUGUGUACGGAGAUGCCUAAUGGUUAUACACUGCACGAUGGAUUAGCUCUUCCAAGUGAGAUAUGUGAACCAUUCAUCGAGACUUAUCAGAGCAAUGGUGGCGAGAUUUUCGACCAUUUUGCUCAUUUGUUCAAAGACGUUACUAAGACGAACCUAAGAUCAGUACACAUAAGUAACUCGAGUAUUACAGAUGAUGGCCUUGAAUACCUGUUGUGUCAUGACCUAUAUGAACUUACACUCACUAAUUGUCAGAAUCUCACGCACAAAACGUACAUGAACAUAUUCAAACAUGCCUCCAACCUUCGUUCAUUGACCAUUGGUCCAAAUGUACAAAUAACUCCUUAUAAUAAGUUGUCAAACUCUUCACUAUCUCUGGAUGAUCUCCCUUCAAGAAUCUACAAGAAAGCACCCAACCUUAGACAUUUUGUAUUGCGAGCAAUUGCAGAAUCACCAUUUUCCACUGACAACAUAUUUCUGGGUGUCAUGCUCGACAAGCUUGUACAGCUGAGAGUCUUAGACCUCUCAUAUUGCUUAGGUGUUGGCAGUCUGCGUUAUUUGUGUAAGCUCACCAACUUACAUACAUUGAUACUUUUCGAUGUGCCUCAUUUACAAAACAAUGAUGCAAUACUCAACAUUUGCUCCCUACAAACAUUGGUUGUUUUAGAUAUAUCCCAAACUGAGACUUUCCCUGAGCAAGGUAUUUACAAAGAUGAAAACAAAAUUUUAGCACUAAUUGUUAAAUGUCUACCAAAUCUUAUGUCUUUAGACAUAUCUGGUACAAAUUUAGCUGGAAAAGGUACUGCAGAACAUUCUAUGUGCGAGUCAUUGAGUGGCAGGAAGUCAGACAUUCCUGGUUUAGAGUAUCGAGUAGACAAUCCUUUAGAAUUUUUAGGUUUAUAUCAUACUCAGCACAAUGCUUGCAGGCGGCACGAUAUUCCUGCCAAAAUUAUUAGUGGUGAUGCUAACGAAGAACAAAUCUUUAAUGCUGCUGCUUCAUGUAUGGACAAACCAAAACUACUUCAAAACAUUUUAAAUGAUCUUUACCACUUGUUGAGGUAUGACCAGUGUACUCAAAUUGAUCAAGCUCUUGACAUAGUAUUGGAAGCUCUUACCAGAUAUGUAAAAGAGAAAUUAAUUCAAAUUUCUGGGAGUGCAACACUAUUUUACAUUGUGAAAAAUAAAGAUCGGCCAUUACUAUUAAAUGAUAUAACAGUUAAACGACGAAUUAUUACAACACUAUUAACUGGAAUGGACUAUCACAACUACGAUGAAACAAUGAUGCGGAAUGGAUGUUUGACUUUAUGCCAAUUGAGAAUACCUCAAGAUGUGAUGUUUGAGUUUAAACGUUUAGUACAAAUGUUACUACACAUUGUAUCUACUAGUGACCAUGAAGGGUUUGUCCAGAGAAUUGGUAUUUAUUUAUUAAAUUCAGUUGCAUGUCAAGUGAACAAUAAGCAAAAAAAUGAACUUGGAGAUGCUGGUGCAAUUAAGAAAAUGAUGGCAAUAAUCAAAGAUAGACUUCAUCGAAGAGUUUGUGAUGAUGUUCUUGAAGUUGCUUGGUCAACAAUGUGGAAUGUAACAGAUGAAGCACCAAAGAAUUGUAAAAGGUUUUUAGAUGGAAAUGGAAUGAAAUACUUCCUUGGAUGCUUGACUACUUUUCCGGAUAAAAAUGAAUUGAUGCGUAACAUGAUGGGCUUAUUAGGCAAUGUCGCUGAAGUGAGUGAGCUGCGAUCUAGACUUAUGCAAGGACAUUUUAUCAAAGUGUUUUCUGACCUUCUAUUUUCAACACAAGACGGAAUUGAGGUUAGUUAUAAUGCUGCAGGGGUAAUUGCACAUUUGGCAUCAGAUGGUCAUAGAUCUUGGAUUAUAAAAACACCAUCAAGAUAUAAAGUAUUAGAUCGUAUGACUAAGGCCAUACAAAAUUGGAACUUGGAUGCUGAUCGAAAUAUUAAUUAUCGUUCCUUUGAGCCAAUAUUACAGCUUGCACAAGUUCGGCAUACACCUCAGUGUGCUCAUUGGGCAGCAUGGGCUUUAGCAAACCUCACUAAAGUGUACCCUGAAAAAUACUGUUCGAUUGUGAUAGCUGAAGGUGGUUUGAGAAUCAUGAGUGAACUACUUGAAGAACAUAGUCUACUUCAAGAUAAUCAGCCCCCCGGUGUUAUACAUAGUCUAGCUCAAACAGUCAUUAACCAAUGUCUGAUGUAUAUGAAGAACACUGUAGAAGAAUCAUCACAGUGA